AUGCCCGGGCUCCUGCGGAAAUUGGUCAUUGUCGCCGCAGUUGACGGGCUGAUUCUUCACGCGCACGGCAUAAAUGGUCCCCGCCAUAGCAAUGGCUCCAAUAAUGACGCCUCGUCAAUCAAAAUAAACUAUAAAACUCACAAAAUCACUGCUCUCUCAUCUGCUACUACGGAGUCCCUGGAAAGCGGAGAAUCACUAGACGCCUACGGGCUCGUCGGUUUCUUGUCCGUUGCAUCCUCCUCGUUCCUCGUCUCCAUCACUCAACGCCAGCAAGUCGCUCAUAUUCAAGGCCAUCCCAUCUAUGCCGUCACCAACGUUGCAAUCAUUCCCGUUUCCUCCCAAGAAGAUGCCACCCGCGCAAUAGCUCAGGCCCGAAAAGAGGUUUCGCAGGACGACCCCAACCUUGACUCGGACUCUGAAGAUGAUAUUCCAGACAAUACCCCAGAUGGUGCCGAGGCGGAAAUUGUCAGCGCUCCAACCUCACCCGUCCACGAGAAGUUCCAUUCGCGCGGUAUGAGCAUGAGUAGUAUAGCGGAAGAUGUUAUUGGGAAGAGGUUUGGCCGAUUUGCAGCGACUUGGCUGUCCCGCAAACCUCUGGGCUUGCCUCAGCCCGGGCCACUGGAGCAGGAUGUCGCGGAGUCGCCGUUUGAUGACACGCCCCGGGUAUCGAAUGAUGGUUCUGAAGCCGCAGAGAAAUCCACAGAGGCAGGUCCCUCUCCGAAACUUGAGGCUCCGUUUAGCGAGGACCAUCUUCCGGGGUCCGAUCAAGCGGCGAAGCUGUUGCCGAAGUUGUUGCGGUAUACCAAGUUGUUGUUCGCAUCCCAUAACUUCUUCUUUGCAUACGAUUUCGACAUUACGCGGUCAUUGAGUUCACAGACAGUGCGGACAGAUCAGAUACCUCUCCACAGGGCUGUAGACCCAUUGUACUUUUGGAAUAGGCAUCUUAUGUUACCGUUCAUUGACAAUGGAUUCAAUGGCUUUAUUUUGCCUCUUUUGCAAGGGUUUGUUGGCCAGCGAGAAUUUACAGUGGCGAGUGCUGAGAACCAGCCCUCUGCCGAGUCUGAUGGAGAUAAGCCCACAGAAGGUCGAAUCCUAGGCGAAACACAGGAUGCAGAGGCUGUAGAAGCAGAAGUCGCCAAGCAUAAUUUCCUGUUGACGCUCAUUUCAAGACGAUCAGUCAAUCGUCCUGGUGUUCGCUAUCUUCGUCGAGGAGUGGACGAUGAGGGCUAUACUGCUAACACGGUCGAAACGGAGCAGAUUCUCUCAGUGCCUGACUGGGAUCCGUCGCAUAAGACUUACUCAUACAUGCAGAUACGCGGUUCUAUUCCACUCUACUUCUCGCAAGCUCCUUAUUCCUUUAAACCACUUCCAGUUUUACAUCAUUCUGCACAGACUAAUCAACUCGCCUUUGAAAGACACUUUCGCGAACUGAGCCGGCGAUAUGGCAAGAUCCAAGCUGUUUCUCUAAUCGAUAAGAAUUCCGGGGAAUUGAAGUUGGGUGAACAAUAUGAGAGAUAUACAGAUACUUUCAACAAAGCGGGUGGGAUUGAUGGCUCUCUAUUGCAGCUGGAGUGGUUCGACUUUCACAACGAAUGUCGCGGGAUGAAGUUUGAGAAUGUGUCACGCCUGGUCGAUCGCUUGAAGGAUACACUGGUUGACUUCGGAUACACCACUGUUCAAGACGGCACGACGAUACAAAAGCAAAGGGGCAUUGUGCGUACAAACUGCAUGGACUGUCUCGACCGAACUGGUGUUGCACAGUGUGCCUUUGGUCAGCGGGCUCUUGAAACUCAAUUGCAGAAUGAGGGCAUCGCCAUCGACCUCGGUGGUGACUCAUCGACUCAGUGGUUCAAUACUUUGUGGGCCGACAACGGUGAUGCGGUAUCGAAACAGUAUUCUUCCACUGCUGCCUUGAAGGGCGAUUACACACGCACUCGGAAACGGGAUUACCGCGGCGCUCUGAACGACCUGGGGCUAACGCUCUCACGCUAUUAUAACAAUAUUGUCAACGACUACUUCUCACAGGCCUGCAUCGACUACCUACUCGGGAAUGUCUCCACGCGAGUAUUUGACGAGUUUGCUAUGGAGAUGCAGACUACCGACCCGGGAAUCUCCGUUCAAAAGAUUAGGCAGAACGCCAUUGACACGAGCUGCAAGAUUGUUAUUAGUAGUCCGUCCGAAGAAAUCCUUGGUGGCUGGACGAUGCUGACACCCCGCGAACCGAACACUCUCCGGACGCUUCCAUUCGAAGAGUCAGUUCUCCUUUUGACCGACGUAGCAGUGUACAGUUGCCGCUUCGACUGGGAGACUGACAAGGUCCUUUCCUUCGAGCGAAUCGACCUCCACUCCAUAUCGCGCAUCCGCUAUGGCACAUACAUUACUUCUAUUUUGACAGACAGCCAGUCUGACGAACGUACCAACGUGGGAAUAGUAAUCGCGUAUCAGGAUGGGGUUGCAAAUUCCUUGCGUGUCAACACCCGCUCUCUUCAGUCCAAUGUCCGAUUAAGUACGCUCGAGGCCAGUGCUAAUUCUAGCGGGGAGUGGGAUCUCAUCUCAUGGCUUCGAGGUACCAAGCGCGAUAACACACGGUUUGUCGCAUUGAAGUCCCCUCCUGCCUCUAACCCAGCAAUGAGUCCUCGUCUUGGACCUACUGGCACUGUGCGUGAGCUUGACAGGGUGCGCUCCAUCUGCUCGGAUAUCGAGCGCGCAAUGCUAGUCGACGAUGGGGAUGGGCAGAAUACAGAGGCUUCCUCGAUAGUUGAGCAGUCUGAUAUUAUGUCUCUGGCAGAUGCAAAGAAGCAAACUGGUAUUCUAGAAUAUCUGAUCUACGAUGUUAAGAAGUUGGUUUGGGCUUGA